AUGCCUUUUCCAUUAACUCGCAUUCUCGUCACGAUAAUUUCCCUUCUCAUCAUCUUCUGCUUUUCUUACAUUUCCUUGGCGUCGCUCACCACACCAUCCUCCACCCGGAGUGCCCAUAACUUCUUAUUCCCAUCCACUACCGUUAUAUCGCUAUCCGAUGAUAACUCAACCUGCUUCAUAUCACGACCCGCAGCUUUUGGCCCUUCAAUACCAAAAUCCGGGCUCAAAGGGGAGCUCUUUGUUCUCGAGGAAGGCCAAUUAGCAUGCGACGAUACUCCAGAAUGGGAUCCCUCUGCCGCAACGCCACCUUCAGUAGCAAACCAGGAGGACGGGACCGAUGAUAUGAAUUAUGCUUCAUCUGCCUCUAACAAGGAAAAAUCAAAGUCACAGCAUGCAGAUAUCGAGAGCUUGCAGCAGAGCGCCGAGAUUGAAGGGAAGAUUGUUCUCGUUACCCGGGGCGGAUGUGGAUUUCUAGAGAAGGUUCUAUGGGCUCAGAGAAGAGGCGCUGUCGCGCUGAUUGUAGGCGACUAUAAAAGGAGUGGAACGGGCCUAGGAAGUAGUGGUCUAGUGACAAUGUAUGCUAAUGGGGAUACAAGCAACGUUACAAUUCCGUCUGUCUUCACGACACAUACAACCGCAAGGCUGCUGACCUCGCUACUGCCGAAAUAUUUGACUUCGUUGCAUCACUCAAUGCCCGCCACUGAACCGCCAAUUUCAGCAUCCCGAGCUCCAGCACAGCCGGCUUCGAAGGAAGAAGGAAAAUCGAGAAUCAAAUGGUUAUUCCCGGGUAAAACUGAUUCUGAACCACACGAAUCCGGAAUGGCGCUUUCCCCAACUUCAACUUCUAGUAGGGCUACAAUUGAAACAUCUACUUCAAUUCAAAAGGCUGCAACCACUCCAACUAUGAUUGCUGGAAGUUUACCCGAGUGGAAAGGGGUCCAGGUCGAUUCAUCCCACAGACCGCCCAUGUCAGGCGAGUUAGAGGGCAUUGUGUUUGUGGUCAAAUCAGAGGAAAUGAAGAAAGAUGAUGUCGUGGUGGAAGGGGAGAAUGAAAGGGAGGGAUUGUGGAUCACACUCACCCCCAUGAGCAUGAGCACUUCGCCACUGUUUGAUACGCUACUUGUAUUGGUUAUAAGCCCUCUGGUUACUUUAACGGUUGUUUACGCACUUCUUCUCAUCCGCUCAAUGAUUCGACGACGCCGUUGGAGAGCACCGAAAUCUGUUGUAGACCGUCUCCCUGUGAGGACAUAUCAAUCUACCUCCACCACCACUAGUCCAGUUAUAGUUCACCCAUCGUCAUCAUCAUCAUCAGAGCCCCCAUCUCUACCAGAGACACCAUCAUCCCAGCCAUCUCUACAUCCUCCAAGGUCAUCGUCGUUACAAACAGCAACUGCGGCGGGUCCUAAUCGGAGCGUGGAAAAGAACAAUUCUAGGGACGAAGUUCCAAGGAGGAGCAGGUAUAUGGGCGGAUCCGUAGAAUGUGUAGUUUGCCUGGAGGAAUAUGUCGAUGGAGUUAGCAGGGUAAUGCGAUUACCAUGUGGGCAUGAAUUUCAUGCUACUUGCAUAACCCCCUGGUUAACUACGAGACGACGGACGUGUCCUAUAUGUAAAGGGGAUGUAGUGAGGGGAACUGCGGCAGGAAGUUCGUCUGGGUUAGGGUGGAUAAGGCACAGUGAUGCUGGCGAGAUAUCGGAAAGAACACCUUUAGUAGCAGAAGAUGAAGAGUUGGAGAAUUGA